UGCCCUAAUAGUGUAGUAAUUUCUUUAAACACUCUAACCGCGCGUGUGUGGCUCCAGGGGCGCGCAGUGUGGCGAUCGGUGCCAAAUACAUUGGCUCGGUCAUGUGCCAUAUAUGAGUGCUGCCUUUCAGUGUCCAUCAGUGAUGCCUGUCAAUGCCCAUCAGUGCCUCCUCAUCAGUGCAGCCUAUCAGUGCCCAUCACUGCAGCCUCAUUAGCGCACAUCAGUGAAGGAGAAAAAUCACAUAUUUACAAAAUUUUU